AUAGUCUGUUUUAUUUAUUUUGUGGAUCAUGAUUGAUUUGACGUUCUGUGUACAGUGAACCUGUGAGCUUAGAUCUAUACUUGAGGGUACGGUACGAGCUUUAAUUUUACUUUGAAAUUCUUAAAAAUAUAAAAUAUAUUAAUUUAACUUGUCGGCGACGAAGAAAAAAAGUGGCAUAAGUUACAUAAUAAUAAUAGAUGUCCUGACGUUCAUGUGUAGUGUUGUGACGGAGUACAAUUUCAAGUGUGUGUAGAUAGAUACCAUGCUUUACUAAACCAACAUGGUUACAGUUACACUCCAUAUUGUUCCGACAGACUUUAUUUUCUAUUAAAAUCGUUAGUGCUGAAUUAGAAUAGAAAAAUUGCGAUGGAUACACGUGUGUCUCCCACACCAGUAAAUCCUCAAGAUGACACCAAAGAGGCAGGGGCAUCUUACGCACAUGCCGUCUUGAACUUUAAACAGCCCACUAUUAACACUAACAAUAAUAAUAACAAAGAGAAUAUCGAAGAACCACCUAAACAAAUGAAUAAUGUUGAGGUAAAAGCAGCUGACAUUUCAAAACAACCUGAAGAGCCCAAACAAAUUGCUGAAGAUGAAGAAUCAUUUACGCCAGUUUUGAGUCACAGCCGUAAGGACCGAAAAAAUGACAAAAUGAAAAAGAAACUAGCAGCAGCAACUGAAAAAGUUAACAAGAGUGAUCACACAAAUAGAGAAAAAGCAAAAGAACCACGUCCUAAAGAAAAACGUGAUGAGAAAGAAUCCUCGACAGUUAAAGAACUCAAUGAUGAACAAAGUGAUUCUAAAAAAGUUUUUGUUGAAGCUCCCAUUCCCAAAGUUAACCCUUGGCAAGUCAAAGUUGCUACAACCAAACAAAAAGAUGCAAAUUCACAACCUGAAAAGAGAGUUCUGCAGCCUAAGAAGCAAGAAGUUACUGUUAAUGGAUCAGAAGGUUCUGGAGUAGUUAAGGCCUCCAAAGAUAAAAGAAAAUAUAACCAAAAGGCUAGUGAUUUUACUGAUAUAGAUUGGCCCAGCUUAGGAACCAAUGGUACAGAGCCUCGAAAGUGUUUGGGUCAAGGAGCAGCUGAAUCAGCAACUCCUGUCGUAGCUUCAACUUCCAAAGAUAAGCAAGUGACACCCCAAACAUCCGAAGAAGGUGAAGAUAAACGAAAACAAAUGAAGCACAAAUGGGUGCCACUCGAUAUAGACUUAACAAAAACAAAUAAAUACGAUCGAAGACGUAGCGAACGAGCAGGAGACGAAAGAUCGACAGUAAGUGAAGGUGAUAAAGACUGGCGAGCGGAAAGAGAACUGAACGGUCACCCACAAAACGGACGACACUCGAGACCUGCACCUGGAAAUCGACAUCGUAAUGACAGGAACAGAGGGGGUAGGAGGGGAGUUCACAAUAGACAUAAUAAUAGAGGGCAUAAUAACCUGGAUUAUUUAGAUUAUCAUUCUCACGAUUUCCAAGGAAAGAUGGGUGAUUUAAUAGAUGGACAAGCUUUUAUGCCUUACAUGGGAACCUACUACUUUAAUAGCAACAGCUAUCUUAGUUUAGAUGGGCCCACUGUCAAGGAAUAUAUUCGUAAUCAAAUAGAAUAUUACUUCAGUGAAGAUAACUUGAACAGAGAUUUUUUCUUGAGAAGAAAAAUGGACGCCGAAGGUUACCUUCCAGUUACCCUCAUAGCUUCUUUCCAUAGAGUUCAAGCUUUAACGAACAAUGUAGCUCUAAUUAUUGAGGCAAUUAGUUCAUCUGAUGAACUUGAGUUGACUGCAGGUUUUAAGGUGAGACCAAAGAAGGACCCACUGAAAUGGCCGAUACUUGAUGAGGGAAAUGAGAAAAAAGAAGAAAUUAUCGCUAAAUUAGUUCCUCCGCCGCCACUACUAAAAACUCUAAGAGAAAGACAACUCGAUAAUCUCAAUCCCGACGUAGCAGAAUUUAUCCCCUUGGAUGUGGAACAAAAGAACCAAAAAGUAAAUAUGGUAAAUGGAAAUAGAAAUCCAGAAUAUGCUCAAAACGAUAAAAUUAAAAACGAACAAGAAGAUGAUGAGAAUUGGAGGCAGGUGAAAAGAAAAAAUAAGGAAAAUAAAGUGAAAAAGGAAACAAAAGUGAAAUCGUUUGAACGAGAAGAGCUCGAUUUUCACUUUGACGAAGAACUAGAUCAAGAAGUUCCUACAGGACGACAAAAUACGUUUAACGAAUGGCCUAUAGAGGAAGACAGUGACGAAGUCAGCGAUAGAGAUGUUAAUAAAUUGCUUAUAGUUACUCAAAAUACAAAUUCUAGAGCACCAAAACAUGAAGGGUAUGACAGAACUGGUGAUUGGAUGACUCGCGUUAAGAUGAGUCAAGAUUUAAUUCAAGCUAUAAACGAUGGAUUAUUUUAUUACGAAGAAGAUUUAUGGACUGAUCAAGACUAUGAAAGGAACUCACUCGAGAGUUACAAGACUGUCAACGUUAUUAGUCAAGAAGAUUUUAAAAAAAUGGCGCCUCCAGCUCCUAAAAAACAGAACCAACAAGUGCCACCUCCACCUCCUCCAGUCAUUGAUACAGUUGAAGUGCCUGCAAGACAACAACAAUCACAACCCACUACUAGUACCAAUAAUAGGAGAAGAACAAAUAAAACUCCACGAAGGAAUGUUCCAAGAUUCUAUGCAGUUGUUAAAGAUGAAAGACCAGAUCCAAGUACUCCAAGAAAACGAAAAACGAGACACUCAAGUAAUCCUCCAGUUGAGCAUCACGUCGGAUGGAUUAUGGAUGUUAAGGAACAUCGCUUACGUACAACAUCUACAGGAAGUAGCUAUGGUACUAGUCCUAAUGACGGGCAUCUAGGUACAAGCUAUGGUAGUGUUCCACAAGCUUUACCCACCUUCCAACAUCCAUCACAUUCUUUGUUGAAGGAAAACAACUUUACACAACAAGGGUACCACAGAUUCCGACAAAAAUGUUUAAAAGAACGAAAACGUUUUGGAAUUGGGCAAUCCAACGAAAUGAACACUCUUUUCCGUUUCUGGUCAUUCUUCUUAAGAGAAAACUUCAACCGCACAAUGUACAACGAAUUCAAAACCUUGGCUAUUGAAGAUGCCGAACAAGGCUACCGUUACGGUCUUGAAUGCCUCUUCCGAUUUUUCUCUUACGGUUUAGAAGUUAAAUUUAGACCACAUCUUUAUGAAGAUUUUCAACAAGAAACGAUAAAGGACUACGAAAACGGACAACUGUAUGGACUGGAAAAAUUCUGGGCGUUCUUAAAAUACUACAAUUAUGGUAGUCAUCUCACUGUUGCACCUACAUUGCAAAAGUACCUCUCCAAGUUUAAGACUAUCGAAGAUUUCAGAGUUGUAGAGCCAAGAAUUGACGAAAUUUUAAAAUCGCAUCAGGGCAAGGGACAAUACAAAAAUAUCAAACGAAACAGAAGUGUUUCGGAAAGUCAAUCAGCUAUGCCUAGUACUUCUAGAGAAGACAGACGUCCAUCUAAUAGCAAUCAAAGGAAUGAAAAUAUGUAUCCUCAACCUGGUACUAGUGCUCCUGCUGAUUCAGGCUUUAAAUAUGCUAGAUCUCGUACUCAAUCGUUUGGCUCUGGACGUAUCCGUAACAAUAGUGCCCAUCAACGUACUGAUUCUUGGAGACAAAAAGAUGUUAGGAAUGAGCCUAAGGUAUGUAUCUAUGCUUGUCUAUGUAACUAGUUCCAUUUUCCUAUUAUCCCUACAAAUGAGCCUCGUCUUGAAAAUAAUUUUUUUUGCAGGCUACUUUGUAAAAAUCUGCCUGAGCAUGGUGGAGUAUCUGGCCUGAUGUGAUCUACCAACAUGAUAGAUUAAAUUUUAAAUUUAGGUUUGAUUUCCAAAAAUAAAAAAUAAAAAAUAAUUUGGGUACUUUAAGAACUAUAUUUAAGUCGUGAAAUUGAAAGCUGAAGCUAUUGGAAGUGUAUUGUGUAUCAGUGCCAUUACCUUGAAAUAUUUUACAAUUUUAUAGUUUUUCGUACUUUUUCGACAAACAUCAUGAAUAGAGUGAAAUCAAACAGAAAUAUUAAAUGCUAGUGGCUCUAAAAACCGUAUCGGUUGAUUUAACUAAUUAUUGAAUUUUUUAAUAACUGCCUAAAAUUUGAUCUUGAGAGUAAAACUAAUUUGUAAAUAGCUCCCAUUUAUCUGGAAUUGUCAGUUUUGUACUCUAUUCAUAUAAUUUUCAUUCGUAGUUUUUUUUAUUACGUAAUCAUAGCUUCUAAUCUUAAAAAAAGCAUUUGGUGGUUGUAUAUAUAGCCUUAUUCGAGAAAAAUUACUAAUUUGGAUUUGCGAACAUCUUUUAUACACUAAUGUUUUUGAAAAUACCCAAAUUUGUCUUUAAAAAUAUGUGUUCAUACAUCUAAUAAUACUAAAUCAGUUGUAGUUUCAGGAAACACAAGAACUCCGCAUCUGAAUCUUCAUAUAAAGACCCGAGGUCGAUUUGCUUAUUCAAGCUCAUUGUUAUAUGUUCAAAACCAAAAAUUCGAAGUAUCAAACGGAAGACACUAACUACUACCACUACAAUGACACUAACAAUUUCAUUAUCUGAUUCUUCAAGCCAUGUGCCAUCGAUUAUGGAAGGCUCGAAGGACCAGACAGUGUAUGUGUAAGCAGUGGUUGUAUAAAGUGUACAAUGAAGAUAAAAAAAUUACUUUUAUAAUUAUGAAUUAUAUACAAAACAAAACUUAGAUUUUCCCAAAUCUUCUUUAUCUCUAUUUGCUCCUUAUUAUUUCAGUUUUAAAUAAAAGUUAUAACAUUUUGUUGUUUAGAAUAAAUACAAGUUGUCUCAAAAGAAAGCUCACAUUUAAAAAAACAAUUUCAAGAAAAGUAAGAAGUUUAUUUAAUGUUUAUUAGAUAUUGAAAUGCAUUGCUUGGUAAUUUAUUUCUUGAAUAUAACAUCGUCAAAAUAUAAACCGUGGUCCUCACGGUUUUCAUUUAAUCAAACACUAAAAUUGCCUCUGCCAGCUCCGCAGAUAUUCUCCUUGAUGUCUUUCUUUUCGCAAAGGAUAUUUUCUUUUAAUUGUACCAGGGAAGUCAGUUUGUUAGUGCAAAUUUGAAUUUAACAUAACCCCCUCAGGAUAAAGUCCAUAAGUGUUGAAUCGGGACUGUGUAGAGGCCAACUUAAGUUACUUCUGGAGAUCAAUUUGCCAAGACGUAUGUGAAGUUUCUCCGUUCUACUGGAAUCAUGUUCUUUAGUUAUAACCAUUAAAGUUUUGUAGUUCAAGCACGAAUAAGUCGUCUAACAUCUGCACAUGACACCCUGAAUUCACUGUAACUGUGCGCCCUUUUUCAUUUUCAAAAAAGUAAGACUUAAGCGCUGAUUAUUGCAGCCUAUAUGGUCACUUUAGUCGCAUGUAGAGGUUUCUUUGAGUUUGAAAGAGUUCUUUGGAUUGGUUUCACUCCAGUAGCUUCAUUCGAAAACUAAAUGUUUAAAAGCGCACAAUCAUAUGGUUUACGAAGUCAAUCCUCUGACCAGCAUCCUGAGGCUUUUAAUUCUUGUAUCAACUGCAUUUUGUAAGGUACAGCUCCACGCUCCAUAGCGACUAAAUUCCCAAGUCACUGAUUGACACCUCCUGCGUCCCUGAAAUGAAAUUUCUCUUGGGAUACCUUGUAUUUAUUUGGCUUUGAAUUGAUAAAUAAAUCUUUGAAUAUAUAUUUUUUUCAAUCUGUUGAGUCAAAAAAAUAAUAAAAAUUCUUUUCAAAUUUUGUGGUAGGUACAUAUGUGAAUUUGCAAAUUAUUUUUCCAAUAGCAAAUAAAGACCUGAAAACAAAAUCCUUGACAUCAGUACAUUUUUCGAAUCGAGUAGUUUGUUAAUUGGUGCUCUGACUUGUUUGAUUGAAAGAAAUGGUGCAACAUCAUUUUAGCUAACAUUGUAGUUAUUUUAUUAACUAUGUAAAGGAUUUCAGCCUCAAUUAAGGUUCCAGUACAAACCAUUUCUUCAUCACAUGUUACAUACGGAAUUACAUACUGAAUGCUCGGAAGCUAACCUGGAUCACGUUCGGAAACUGAUCGAGUUAAUAGGAUCGUAGUUAUAUCAUACGAUCCUUUAUACCAUAGUAGACCAGUGGGUAAAUGCGACAAUUUGACAGGUUGUUUCAUUUGUCUAUGGUUUUUUGAACUCUUAAAAGUUAUUCAUUCCCCUUGAAUGGCUGUCUACUGUUAAUUCUCAUGAGCAUUGUCAUCGAUAGGCUUCUGAAGUUUGCCGUUUUUAUACAUUUCAGUAUUUCAGUAUAAAAACAUCUUAUCAGUAUUAUACUCUAGUGCAAAAUCCAUGUGACGCACAAAAAAGUAAUAAAAACCGAAAGUUUUUGUAGAUUAGUUUGUAAAUUUGAAAUUGUGAUAAAAAUCAAAAGUUUUUGUGAAUCAAGUUCUUAAAUUUGAAAUUUUCAUCGACAAUUGAACGUGACGUUCGGAAACUCAUCUAAAUCUACCUAAACCUAAGUAAGUCUAUAUUCGGUCCAAGAUUUUCUUGUAAAGCUUUUUGUACCAUCGAAAAAUCCACAGCUUUUGAAGCAGUUUAAAUUGUAGUUUUAGGCUUCUACAAGCUUUGUCUCCCUUCUUAAUUUCUUGUAAAACGUCCUUUCAAAUGUUUUAAAGUUUAUUAUUCCUUGAUUAGAUGUGUGAAAAUUUAACUUUCAUAGUUUUCAAUGGUGGAUUUAGGUUAUGUUGAUUUAUUUACAUUAACAAUUACACUGUCUGGUGCACGUUUCAAUAAGUUUUCCCUGAAGGUGAACUAAACUAUAGUUUACUUUGAGUUUGGGGAAUUCCAAGUAAAACGUCUUAUUACUUCGAUUUACAGUAUUUAAGGGUUUAUCAGAAUGGAACGUUAUUUUUUUGACUUGACAAGGUUUGAGUUAUAGAGAUUCCACUGUAGUUAAUAAACUUUUGGAGAUAUAAAAAUUAAUACUAUUAAAAUUUCGAGCGCCAUUAUUUAUACCUGUAAUAUUAUAAAUUAUCUGAAAAUAUCAGUUUUUGAAGGAACUUGGAAGCGAUUAUGUUAUUACAACAACCUGCUAUAUAAUGAAUACAGUAGAAGCAAAAACAUCAACUAAAAUAGACAGAUCAGCUAAUUCAUAAAUCUGGGAAUUUGAAAAUUAUAUUUAUAAUUAUAUUCUUAACAAUUUAUGUAGAAAUCAUGUAAUUAAUAUAAAAUAUAAAAAAAUUGUCAAACUAAUUACUACACAUUCCGAAACUUUAUGUUAGAUAUUAUUUUUUGUGCAAAGUGCUAUAAAUUAUUAUAAAAGUAUUUCGUUACUGUAUGCUUUCCUGAAAAACACCCUUACGAUUUUCCCUAACCUUGUGUAUCUUUCACUCUUACUCCAAAUAUUAUAGUAUCUUAUAGAAUUGCGUAGUACACGUGGAAUAACCGUCAUCCAAUUCCAAAAACACUUUUUUCUUUUAUGGAUAGAUUAUCAAUUCGUAACAUAGAUGUGAUGUCGCUGGCAAAAAAAAACUUAUUUUUCUUAGUAAAAUCUUAAAGCUAAUGGCAUUAGCUUCCAAAUGAUGCAUUCUACAUACAUACAACUUUAGAAUGAAACCAAAAACUUGCAGCGGAAAAUUUUGUAAUAUGGUAAUAGUUUGUCCUGUUUACCGUUUCCCUUUUAUUCGUAAUGCAAAUAAGUAUUUUCAUACCAGGCCAGAAAAUUCAGGAUUACUCCUCGUUAUCUGUUUUUGUUUUCUUUAUAGUUUUUCAUUUGUCUUAGCUGCGUUAAAUAUUUUGAUUUUGAAAAAAGCUUAGAGAUCUAUCUAACCAAAUUAUAAAGCCUCUCCUUUCAAAAUUAUAAGACAUUUUAAUGCAACUGACACAUAAUCACGCUCAUAGAACCAAUAUACAAGUCUCGGACACUUCCAUCUCGAUAUGGUAAUCUUUAAAGUAUGGUAUUCACAAGUUAAUUUUCUUACGCAAACCCUGAUAUUGUCACCAUUAUUCCUACUCUUUUUUUGAGUAAAAAUUCUUUUUGGAAGAUUCAGUUAUGGUAUUCCAUCUUCAUAUUCGACUAUAGCACGGUAGAUGUUUCUGUGUAAAAUAUUUUGGUUUAAAAAAAAUUUUUAUAUAAUGUGAGCAAAAUAAUUUCACAUAAUUGGUUUGAAAAAAGCUUAGAGAUCUGUUCCACCAAAUUAUAAAGCCUCUUCUUCUUUCCAACUUAUUAGACAUUUUAAUGCAUCUAACAUAAAAGGGAACUUGUUUAAUUUAAGUCAAGAAAAUGAAAAAUUUUCUGCUUAUCAAGCCAUUUUGAUAUUGUAUUUUGUGCCAAAAUUAUUACGUUACAUAUAACAUUACUUUUGAUUGUUUUUUUAUGUGGAUUGUUGAUGUUUUAGAUAAAUAAAAUAAUUUUUAAAAAAGAAAAUGUUUGAACACUAUAUUUAUAGAAUUAGUAAUAGUAUUUUCGGGUAUAUUGCGUAAAUAAUGUAUUUUGAAUCGAGUAUAAAGCAGUUCAUUUCAUAUUCUAUCGAUUGCCUGUAGUUGGUGUCUUCUUUACAUUUUAUAAUAAUAAAUAAUCAUAUUUCGUGAAAUGUUUUUUCGCUACUAAAGAAAUUCGUACAUCACCAUUUUGUACUACAAAUUACCAGCAUUUAGGAUUCAAUAAUUACAUUUUAGGAAAAGUAAAAAAAUAUAAAAAUUUUAUUUAAAACAAAAACGAAUCUAUUAUGUACUAUGUGUAUAUAAAUUUUGUAACUAAAUUAAUAUCAUAUUCGCUUCUGUUCGUUCCAUUCGAGUAGAAUUUUUUACUUACUGACAAUUUUAAGAUGUGUGAGUUUUUCGCAGUUUCCUCCUUAGGUAAAAGUUUUUAUUUAGUGAAUUGUGUUUUUGUUAUUGUUUCUGUUGAACUCCGUUAAUGUCAAUUAUGAUGAUUUUGUAAUUUCGUUCUAUUUGAAGAUUGUUUUAGUUGUUUUCUUAACUUUAUUUGCUAUUAUUAAGUAUAUGUUUUCUAGUUAUUAUGCGCCCAUUAUCCGUUUAUUUUUCAACGCUGUUCCUUAUCGGAUAAUGUCGUAAACCCAUUUUUUGAAGAAGAAUUUGUUACAUUUAAGAACAAUUAAUUAACUAGAACCAACGUUUAAUGGCACAUCGUGAAGUUUUAAUUUCGUAGUUCGAAUACCUUCGAUUAUAAAUUAGGUUUUUGAUAAUCGAGUUUUUACUAUAAAUUCACUGAUUACAAUUUUGAAAUGAUCUUCAAGUUGAAUUAUUUUCUUUUGUUAAUUAUUUUACACAAUUAUUUUGUAUUGGGUUUAUAUUUACUAUUCUGUAAAUUAUAUUGAACGUCAAUACUUUUAUUUCAGUAAGUCUAGAAAUUCCAGUCAAGUUGGAACGGUCUUAUUUUAGCUAAUAUAAAUAUCGUAAGUAAUUGCAACAUAGCUGAUAAUAGAACACUAAACUUCUUCUAAAAAUCCGCAGUUAAAAGCUAAAGUUCAGGAUACACCGUAUGGAGAUUCCAAAAAUAUUGCUUUUUGAUUUUAUAUAUAUAUAUAUAUAUAUAUAUAUAUAUAUAUAUAUAUAUUAUAUAAGUCAAAAUUACAUAUAUACAGUAUAUCUAAUGUCUCAAUGUGAAGAGAUAUUUUUAAUCCCAUUUAUGGCGUACAAUAUGCGGGCGGUUUAAAUAUGGACAAACCCUCCGAGACAUUUAUUUAUUAUCGAAAAUAUUAACAAAAAUUUUCAGUUUUUCUUGCUAGGUUGUAGUAGUAUGCAGCAUUUAUAGAACGUUCUAUAGUGAAAAUUCGCAUUCCUCCCCGCUUCGUAUUUUUGAUCGAAGCUUAGGAAUCCAUCGCGUUAUUUUGCGAUAAUGAAGGUGUUCGUGGAUGGUAGACUCUACAUUUCGAUUAUAUUUGAACCGCCCUGUAUAUCUUGGUUUGCGCCAACGCUAAAUAUUCAAUUGAAUCACUGUAUUUCUUUUCAUAUACCAGUAACAAAAUUUGAAUACCGGAAUGACAGUUGUUUUAAUAAUUUUUUCAACAAUUCCAAACGCGUAAUUGGUAGCUAAUGUUAUAUGGGGAGAGAAAAGAAAUAACGUUGUUUGCUCGUUUAAGAGUUUAUACAAGACUAAUUUAUUCACAAAAAUGAUAUAACGAAAUUUACACAAACUUAUUGUCACGAGAAAAUACUGUCAACUAAAUUAUUUCGGCGAUCUACAAAUAGAUGGCGCUAUUGGACUACUCUUUUAAUUAUUGAAACAGCAAUAAUAACAACUAAUUAUUUUAAUCAAUGUUUUAUUCAAUAUUUCAAUAAGGAAAAUAAUUGUAUAUUAAUAUUUUGGGAAAUAUAUUUUUUCAUGUUCUCAAAUUGACAUUAGAUAUAUCAGUGGUACAAUAGAAUCUAACAAAAAAAUGUUUAUUUCAAAAUAUUAUCAUCACAUACUCCUUAUUUGCUCUCUCCAUUUUCGCAGUGUAGAGAUUUGAACAUCCGGGUAUACAUUGUUACAUAUUUCACCAUAUCGUAGUCGUUUUGGUGUUAUAAUUGAAUUGGUUAAAUAAGAAUCUGAACAAGUCACAAUAUCCUCAGUUUUCAGGAGACAAAAACAAUUAGUUCAAAAAAACAUUUAUUAGAAAAUAUUUUUUUACUAUUUGUGUAGAAUUUGAUCGGAAUACUUAUUAACCAACUUUUUUGGAUUAAUAAUGACUUGUUUGCUUUAUAAUUAUACUAAAACCCCGCUAAUCCGAAUCCUGUUAAUCCGAUUUUUCUGAAAAUCCGAUCGGUAAUAAAUUAUAUUUGUUGACCUUCUUUUCACGCUCUGAAAAGACAAGGCUAAUAAUCGGGAUCUCAAUAAAACAUCCUUUUGAACAGAAAUACGAUUCAUUGAGGUUUUACAACAUUGUAUAACACCACUAAUAUUGCGAACGGUUCGUCAUGUCGGUCAAUAUCAAUUGCUUCAAAGUAAAAAACCAAUUUGAUGCUGCGAUGUUGCGCCAUAGCAAACACAGACCUCUGCUCUGCCUAGCUCAGAGCAAGGUCGAAUGCGGCUACCACGUCGGAAUGCGAUAUAACUUCAUUACCACCGGUGCCGGUUUCCGCUUCUUGGCGGUUGACUGCAGCUGCCUCGUUGACAAGCUUCUCGUGAGUGUAGGGAUCUUGCGCCAUCCACUCAUCGACGUCUGAGUCGUUUGCUUCCCCACAACCGGGAAUUUCUCUCACCAGUUGAAGCAGGGGUUAGAACUGUCAUCUGGCGAGUAAACAAAGUCAAGGGAAGUCCACAACUUCCUCCAAGACUUUCUAAUGCCUCAGCUGACCAGUAAGUUACAUCUUUCACUGUCAAUUUCUGGAUUUUUUCUAUUAAUUUUCAAUAGAGUCUCCUUCAAUAAGUGUAAGGGGAAAUUUCUUACGAUAGGCUAAUUUCAUUGCCUCAAGAACCCCUUAGUCCAUAGGCUGUAUCAGAGCUGUAACAUUGAGUGGGAGGAAUACAGUUUUGACUUCGUCACUUUGUAAUUGUUUGAUGUCUGAGUGAGGUGGUGCUUUGUUAACUUAUUUGGCAAGACGUUUUCUUUAUUGAAACGUUUAACAUCCUUGACGAACUCAUUGUGAAACCAGAGUUUAAAUAGAGCCAUGUCCAUCCACGCUCGUAUUUGAUUCGUGUAGUAGACCGGUAGGGAUUGACAGACUCCUAUACGUGAAUUACUCAAAAACGCAAACAAACAGAAGCGACAGAAUUUAGAAAAAAAUUCUGGUGGGUGACUCCGCGUGAGUAGUUAAGGGUUAAAAUAAUAAUAAUAAUAACAAAAGGAAACAUUUUCACAAAUUAUUUUUCUCAACUAGAUGCAAAUCUUUGGUGUCUAUAAAUGUACAAACGAAUGUUCUGAUACGGUCUGUUUCUUAACUGAUUUACGGGUCUUACCAUAAAGUAAUGAAAUAAAUUUUCUUCAAUUAACUUGUUCAGUUUUUCUAUUAAACCGAUUUAAUUAUGAAGUUCAUAUUAGUAAUGAAGGAAGCAAUUUCUUGAUUAAUGUUUUAUCGUUAAUAUUCAUAAUUAAGUGAAAUCUUCAGCCUGCGAAUUGUCGAACUGAUGGAAGAAUAUUUGGCUAGAUUUCUUUAUACACUCCUUAAUAUUAAUAAUUUUUAGCCCUUUAUACUUACUCCCAAAAUUUGAGUGGAGCUUAUAGUUUUAAUUUUGCUGAAUACCUACUAUUAUUAAUUUUGUGUGUUAGCAUAAAAUGUAUAAAGUAAUUUUUUGCCCCACGAAUAUACCCGCCGACACUGUAUACUUAUACAGGGUUCGAUGUGAAUAAAAUUGUCCCGUGUAAAACGCCAUGAACAUAAAGUAUUUGUUACUUGUAAAUGCUUAUAGUCCGGGAUGAUGGUGCAUUAACCCUCAGAGUACAGAACAGGGAUUUCUAGCACAGAUUUAUAUCUUUCAGGUAAAAUUUUUAUACAGCGUUAAAUUUUACUAAUAACAGGACUUUUAUGCUAAAAUAAACGUAGCCUCAGUUUUUACAAAUUUGGAAUAAUUGGCUUUACUUAUUUUGCUGGGACACUUCUGUUUAAGGGCAAGAAAUUAAUAAAAAAAUGUGAUAAUGGGUGUUAAUAUAGUGUUUGCUUAUUUCUUGCAUUUAAGUAUAUAUAAGUUAGAUUGUAAAUUUUGUUGUGGAAGAAUGGUAAACGAAUUUGUCUUCCAGUGACACAAAAAAAUAAUAAAAUUUCUAAAAAACCAAAAAAAUUUGAUCAUUUAAAAAUUUUAGUAACAAUCCUACAGAGGAUCGAUUGGUCAACUGAUAUUCUUUGUUGGGUUGAUUACUGAAAAAAAAACAGUUCUGUUCCUAUGCCAAAUUAUAUUUUUUCUAGAGUUAUAGCGAAAAAAUGUGUAUCAUUUAGAUUUCAUAUGUUUAUGUAAAUAAUAAGAUGUAAGUAAGA